AGCCUUUGGAUUUAAUCAGUUAAAUUUAAAUACUUCAACUUUAUCCGUUUGUUUAUAAAAUAAAAUAAAAAACGAGGAUGAGAGUUUUAUACUAAAAGCCGCUAUUUGUAAAUUGUUUUGAUUUUAAAUUUUUGUUAUAAAUUGUGGAACAAAAAUGGAGCUUGAUAUUUGGCAAGGCGAUUGGGGACUCCCUUCUAUAGAUUUAACAUGUCUUCAAGUUAUGGCUUAUGCUAAAUUUUCUGGAGCACCAAUAAAGAUCAAGAAAACAAAUUGGCCAUUAUCAAGAUAUGGUCACCUACCUGUUUUUAGACAUGGGAAGAAAAAUUUAACAACAUUUGAUAAUAUAGUUUCAUAUUUACAAAAACAAAAUUACAAUGCUGAUGGGGAGCUGACCUCAAAGCAAUGUUCUGACAUAAUUGCAUACACAGCUUUACUUAGAGAUAAGCUUUAUCCUGCCCUUCUAUAUGUGUGGUGGAUAGAUGAAAGAAAUUAUUGUGAAGUAACUCGACCUUGGUAUGCAAAGGUUCUACGGUUUCCUUUAAAUUAUUUUUUACCUGGUCAUCAGCAACGAGCUGCUCAAGUAACAAUUGAUAAUUUAUGGAGUAGUGAUUUAAUUGAAGAUAGCCAAAAAGAAACUGCACUGUACAAAGAUGCUCAAGAAUGCUUAAAUUUACUAUCACACCGAUUAGGAGAUAAUGAAUAUUUUUUUGGAAAAAACCCUUGCUCACUUGAUGCCAUAGUCUUUGGAUUUUUAGCUCCUUUAUUAAAAGCUCCAUUCAAAAAUGCAGCCUUACAGAAUCACUUGAAAGCAUGUCCAAAUCUUCAACAGUUUGUUCAAAGGAUACUUCAGAGAUAUUUUCCUUUGUCACCUGAAGAACUUGAAGCCUUGAAAAAGAAGGAAGAGCAAGAAGCAGAAGAAAAGAAAGAAUUCCCUCAUAAGUGGAGAGACAUCAUUCUUUCUGGCUUAUUUGCAGCUAUUGUUAUGUUAGGUUAUGCUGCUGCUACAUCAAAGACACAUCAAAGGCACCUAAAUAUUCUCAAAAAAAGAAUAAAUGCAAUGAAAACAGUUACUUGAGAUCAGUUUCGCACCUUCAGAAGAUGAAUUUGAUGAUGAUUAUUCAAUACCUGUUGAGCAUGAAUAUACUGAUAACAAGAGUAAAGAUAAAGGAAGAGAUAGGUAGUAUGUGCUGCUUCGUGCAUUUAGUGUGCGUGAUUUUAGUUAGUGUAUAUCAAAGGACUAUGAAAAAUAAAGUUGUGUUUCCACUAAGUUGUUCAUUUUUUUUAUAUUCUUGCCUGUUCUUGCAAUAUUUUACAGAAUUUUAUUAUUGUUUUUUUUAAUAUAAUGUGUAGUCAUAGUAUGGUUAUUUAACAAAUAAUAAUGUACAAUGUCAUCUUGUCAGCAAAAUAUUGUUGUAAAUGCACUUGUCUUUCUUUUUUUUACAAACCACAUCGAAACUUUCUCAAAACUUUCAUAUGUUGAAAUAUUAUAAUAAAGUUUAAAAAUUCAGUUUUA